AAGAAGAAGAAGAAGAAGAAGAAGAAGAAACUCCAUUGUUUGUGGACUUGGAAAUGUCUCUGUUUCUCUCCAAAAUCCGCCAUUUGAGGCGAGUCUUUCUUAGCCAUGAAUUUAGGUUUCUGUCGAUUUCCCCAAACAAGAGCUACUGAAGUUAAAAUAGGCUUAAAUUAGAAAGGGCCUGAAAUUACCAUUGGUUUGGUUUUUUCCUCGUUUUUUCUGAUGGGAUUUGGCAUUUGGGGUCUUCUCUCUCUUUCUAUCUCUGCUAAAGUGGGUUGGCAAAGUGUGAGAAAGAGAGUGAAACGGGCUAAAAUGCUAACAAACUGGCUGUUCCUCCAUCAAUAUUCUGCGACACUGCCUCCCUAAUUUUGCACACAAUCUGUUCGACGAAAUGCUUGUUUUUAGUUUUACUGUAUGGCUCUGUCUCCUUCAUUCUGUCCUCUUUCCUUUGCUAUAUCUCUUCCAUUUUGCCCCUUUUCCUGUAUAUCUAUAUAUAUAUCACAUGUUCUGAGCCUUGGAAAAUCGAAAUCAUUCGUACUUUACUGUUCUAUUGAGAUUCAAUCAUUCAACAAAUAUUACAUCACCCCAUCUGUUCAUACAUCUAUACCCAUAGUCCUCCCAAUUUCUCCCUUCCUUUGCCAUUCUGAAAGAGGAAUUUUGGGGUUGGAGAAGAAAGAAUGGAAGUUGAUCAUCAACAAGCUAUCAUGGGGUCUAAGGAACAAGCACUGAUAGCCAAAGGCAAGAGAACCAAGCGCCAAAGGCUUCAUUCUCCAAUCCCUUUUGCUGUUCCAGCCAAUUCUUCAAGUGGGGAAGGAGGAUUUGUUGUUGAUGACAGUAAUUCUGUAGCAGAGAACAAUGAUUAUGAGGUUUUGAUUCAGAAUCAGAACAAUUUUUCAACUUCUUCAUCCUCUGGUGGUGAAUUGCAGCCAUACAAUAUCGUCACUGAAGAAGAAGAAGACAUGGCUAAUUGCCUUAUCCUCCUUGCUCAAGGGAGACCCUUUUGUUCGCCGCCGAAACAUGUCGACGCCAGACCGGUUCAUCAUCUUAACAAUGUGCGGAGAUUCCCAACGGAGAAUGUCGCGGUUGGAACCGAAAAGGGUGGGAGUGGAUGGAAUGGUUAUGAGUGCAAGACCUGUUAUAGGACAUUUCCAUCGUUUCAAGCAUUGGGAGGACACAGGGCUAGCCAUAAGAAGCCUAAGGCCAUGGAAGCUGAAAAGAAGCUGCAUUUGUCUUCAGACUAUGAAGAGAUGCAAUUCAGAAACAAUAUCACAAACUCACUUUCUCUGCAAUUGAAUCAGAGGGGGAGUUUGUAUAGCAGUGGCAAGGCUAAGGUUCAUGAGUGUGCUAUCUGUGGAGCUGAAUUUACAUCUGGGCAGGCCUUGGGAGGUCACAUGAGACGCCACCGCGCCAUGCCGGUCGGGACAAACACCGCCUUGUCUCUGACUCCAAUGGCUAUUGAAACUGAGGAUCAAAGACAACCAAAGCGGCAAAGAAGUGUUCUUUCUUUGGAUUUGGAUCUCAACCUUCCUGCUCCUCAAGAACAUGAUCAAAGAGAAUCAUUCUUAAUAAAGUCAAACCAGCAGCCACAACAACAACAUAAUAAACAACAGCAACAGCAACAGCAACAGCAGCAGCCACUUGUUUUUUCUGCCAGGACUUUGGUUGACUGUCAUUACUAAGGAUGGAUAAGAAUUCUAAAAUUUUUUCACCCUAAAUUUUUUACUUUCCAUCAUAUCAUUGUUACUGAUGAUCAACUUGAUGUGAUUAUAUGAGUUUAUCU